AUGGAGACAGAACAGCAUAACCGGCGCCACAGGGCAAAGCAGGCAGGUAUUAAGGCCUCCCGCCAGGAGCGGCAGAAGAAAAAGAAAGCCCUGGGCGCCACAACAGACGACAAGCGGCACAACCCUAAGGCCUUCACUUUCAGUGGGGGAGUGGUCUCCGUGCAGCGAAGAGUACAGCAUUCUCUCGACAAGGCGACGCUCAAGGAACAUAAAGCUGUCGUUGAUAAAACACCGGAAGUCGCACCCCCGUAUACCGUCGUCGUUCAGGGGCCUCCAGGAGUCGGAAAAUCUUUGUUAAUUCGUUGUCUGGCUCGUCACUACGCGCGGAGGACUGUGGGGGCCUUGCGGGGGCCCGUGACUGUCGUGGCUUCAAAACAGCGGCGCCUCACAUUCAUUGAGUGUCCGAAUGACGCGGCCGGCAUGCUCGAUGCAGCCAAGGUGGCGGAUAUAGCGCUGCUUCUUAUUGACGCUCAGUACGGGUUUGAAAUGGAGACGUUCGAAUUCAUAAAUAUGAUGCAGACACAUGGGAUGCCUCGUGUGCUGGGUGUACUGACACAUUUGGACACGCUGAACAACAAACAGACCCUCAAGCGGCGGAAGAAGGAGUUGAAAAACCGUUUCUGGGCUGAGCUCUACGAUGGUGCGAAGCUCUUUUUUCUCAGCGGCCUCAGGAACAGCAAAUACCUUAACAGAGAUGUUCUUAAUCUUGCAAGAUUCCUGUCUGUACAAAAGCUCAGGCCACUGCAGUGGCGCGCAUCGCACCCUUAUCUCCUCGCGCUCAAAUCCGACGUCAGACAAGGAUUUGGGGACGGCCAGCCCGUGGGCGGUAGCGCGCAGAGCGACAUACAGCCGCAGCAGGAGCAUCAGCUGCAAGAUCAACAUGAGGGCAGGAUCUGUGUGGUUUACGGUUACGUUAGGGGGGCUGUACUGCGGGAGGGGCUGACAGUGCACAUCCCCGGGGCAGGGGAUUUCCCUGUGCUGUCUGUGUCCAAGUGCGAAGACCCCUGUCCGGCUCCCUGUGCAGAGGAGAAAAACGAGACGCUCCCGCUCGCUGCAUCAGCUGAAAUAGCUCCUUUGGGAGGAGCUACCGCUGAAGGAACUGAAGGCACUCUCACAAAGCGCAGGAGGUCGCGAGCAGCACGGGCUCUGAAGGAGAAAGAGCGCUGUAUAUAUGCACCGGACUGCGACAUAGGGGGCAUGCGGAUAGACGAUGAUGCGAUGUACAUACACCUCCCUGACACUAAGGUUGGAUUUACACCCAAAGCACAACUCAUAAAGGAGGGAAAAGAUGAAGUCAAUAGUGAAGGAACAAGCAGCGACAGUGAGAGCGAGGCCUCUGAAAGUGAUGAGGAAGCGUCCGGCUCUUCUGCUACUACCGAAAGCAGCAGUUCAGACACCGAAACAGAGGAAGAGGCUGAAAAGGAGUUGGAGCCAGCGAUUAAGAUGGUGCGGGAGCUGCAAGGGGCGGAACAGCAACUGAGCCUGCAGCUCCAGUCACAGCAAAUGCAGUUGCUCGACUCAUCCACACGGUGUAUAGACAGGUCAGUACCACCGCCCCGACGUGUAGUAGAGACGGAGGCCUCUACGGAUCAGCCGGGCCAUUUGUUCUUCGACGGAGAUCCAGAGGAACUAGAGGAGGAACGUUGGGCUGUUGCAGAAACAGACACUGACACUGAUGGCUCCUCGGAUAUAGACGAGCCAAGGGGCACAGGAGACCGUGUGCUGCAGCAUCUGAGCGGUUCAAGAGCGACUCGGAAUUCCCUGGCAGAUGUUGUGUAUGGGCACCCGGAGCAGGGUAACGGGGCUUACAAUACCGACAGCAGAAUCAAGAGUGGGGCCCGCCCUGAAGGGCAGCUUUCUCUCUUUGAGGACUCUGACGGCAGCACCUCCGGGUCGGAGGAUAAAGAGAUCAUGGAGUCCGCUGCACAGAAACGAGGAGUCCACCGCAAUCAUGUGCUCUUUGGUAACCUACCUCUCCCUGCAACGGCCUCUGGCCUUAGCGCAGAGUUUGAAUGGGGGGACAGCCCCUCAGAAGAAGCCGCGGCUAUCUACAAGGCUCUCGGGUUCGAGUCAGAAGAUCACGGCGGGAUUGAGUCUUUUUGGACUCCGGAUUUUAUGCAAGCGCUUAAGAGGCGCUUCUUCAUAACCGGGGGAUGGUUGGAGCUGGAGCAGGCAAAGGAAGCGACCAAGGAGGACUCGACAAGUGCAGAGGAAGUCACAGAGGAGCAGCAAAGGGCCGAAAGUACGGGCCUGAAGGCAGCAAUCAAGGCAUUUAAGGGAUCGGAGGAAACCCUGGGAGGUUUUCCCAUUGGCACAUAUGUAAAGAUUUGCAUCGCAAACCUUCCAAUUCAGUGGCUGGAGGGUCUUAGCUUAUCACGUCCACUUGUUCUAGGGGGUCUGAACGCCGGAGAGCUUCAGUGCACCUUUAUGCAGCUCCGGCUGAGGAAGCACCGCUGGGCCCCGAGGAUCUUGAAGAGUAGUGACCCACUCCUGUUCAGCGCUGGAUGGCGGCGUUUCCAAUCCCUACCCAUUUACGCGAUGGAAGAUCGUGGAGAAACGAGAGUGAAGUACUUAAAAUACACGCCGGAGCAUUUGCACUGCCUGGCGUACAUUUACGCUCCGGCUCUACCACCGUCAACUCCUCUGCUAGCCAUCAGCGACUUCCGGGCCGUCGCGAGUUACCGAAUUGCGGCAUCUGGAGUUGCCCUGCAGAUGACACCGGAACCGAAGAUCCAGAAGAAACUGAAACUCAUAGGAGAGGCAAAGAAUGUAUUUAAAAACACUGCGUUUAUCAAGGGCAUGUUUAACUCCGACCUAGAAGUCAACAGAUGCAUCAGUGCUAAGAUACAGACAGCGUCUGGCAUUAGGGGUCAGAUAAAAAAAGCUGUGGGGAUGGAUGGCACAUUCCGCGCUUCUUUCGAGGAUAAAAUUCUUAUGUCAGAUCUGAUAAUCUGUAAGACAUGGAUCAAGGUGUCGCCCCGGCCAUUCUUUAACCCAGUGCUCGAUGUGCCAGCGUGGAGACGUUUGAGGAGUCAUGCGGAAAUCCGGCAGGCAAAGCAGCUGCCUCUUCCAUAUAAGGAUGCUAACUUGCUGCCGUAUGGGGGUCCCACCAGAGUGCAACGCAAGUUUAACCCAAUCAAAAUACCCAAACAGCUCGCUAUGAAGCUGCCGUUCCACGCAAGACCCAAGUUGCAACCAGUCGUGUCUCGGCUUAAAAAGCUGAGAGGGAAAAAAUUACAGGAAGAGAAGGAUAUGCAAAAGCCCUUGGUAUCGGCGUACGACAAACGAGUGGCCGCCCUGUUACAGCGGCUGCAGACCAUUAGGAACGCGAGGGAGGAGCAACGAAGAGAGAAACAACAAGAAAAGCUGAAGAUAAAAAUGCAGAAGAAUGCUAAAGUGGAAAAAGAAAAGAUGCGAAAACAAACGGAAAUUCGGAAGAAAAGAUAUGUUAAGCAGGGCAAGGUGGAACUCGGAAUGAGAAAGAAGCUCAGACUGGACGCAAAUCAAGACGAUUAA